GGGUUUUCAGCAGUGGUGCGCCAUACCGCUUACCUCCAAGAUAGAAGGUGCACAGCGAAUGAGAGUCUGUGUGUUUUGGUUUCCCUCUCUGCUGCAGCCAGAUAAUUCCAGAACCUGCGACUGGGCUGUAGCAGUUGGUUUAAUCAACAGCAAGAAAAGUGGAAGGCUUCAUUUGAAUAACCUACACAAGAUACAAGUGGUUGAAAAAAUCCUUUUGAACCUGGAAGUUGGAAGUUGGGACAAAGAUUUUACCAAAAAGAUUUUCGCCAUUUGUAACGAGUUGUCUUUGUGCGGUUCACCAGAUGUCAUGGAAGAAACAGUUCGCUGGUUGGAGAAGUCUGUGUAUCGGAUAGAACGGGAGCAGCUGCUCUGCCUCGGAGACAUCCCAGGCUGUUAUGCAACCUUCACCUUCAUCUUCUCAGAGUAUUGUAAGUUUAUCCUUGAAAUGAGCAAAAACUUGGACUCGACGAUGAAGGCCCUGAGGUCGCCGCCAGAAGAGGCUGCUUUAGAGAAAAGUGAGGCAAUGAAAAAGCUGGGAAAUGACAAGUUCCAGGAACAGCAGUAUGGAGAAGCGCUAAAGUAUUAUACUAAAGCCAUCAAAGUUUAUCCUGACAACCACAUUCUUUAUGGAAACAGAGCCCUGUGUUACAUCAAGCAGAAGGAAUAUCUAAAAGCAGCAGGUGAUGCAAAACGGGCUAUUCUCAUCGACCCGCUCUGGGCAAAGGGCCAUUACCGAUACUGUGAGGCCUUGUUCUACAUGAAGGAGAGAGAUUUAGCUCUUGAAGCCCACACUACUGCUAAGAUACUGUGUAAAGACAACCCAGAGGGACUCAGAGAUCUGGAGCAGCAGUACUUAAAGUUUCAUUCAGAGUCUGUCCCAGCUGAGCAGCAGCAGCCUUACAGCUUUAAAGCAGGGUUAGUGAAAAAAACCCAACAGCCAACACAAACGGGCGGUAAAACUAAUCCGCCAAAAAGCCCAGCAGCUAAGGUUCCUGUGUGUAAAAUGGAAAAAAAGACAGAGCAUCUUAAAGUUUCUCUUGACCAAGAUAGAAGAUCGAAAAACUCCAAAACAUCAAAAAGUGACAGAGAAGAGCCUGUCAGCGCUGGAGAACAAGUCACAAAGAACAAAUCAAAGAACAUGAGUGACGAAGUGCAAAAACCAAGCCAAAAGAAACUUGACAGCAAAGAGUUAUGCAAAGAGUUGAAGUUUCUGGUGCAGGAAGCUCACACCGCCCUGUCGGACCGCCGCAGCCAUAAUGCUGAGCAGGCCUUCAGCCGGGCCCUGGAUCUGCUGGAAGGUGCAACCCCUAAGAGCCUUGGCCUUUCCACGCUGGAUGUCCUCUUGUUGCUGUUUGGACGAGUAUCAGCUUUGAUAGAAAUUGGACAACCAGAUGAACUUGCUGAAGCAGAGAAACUCCUUGAGAAGAUGAAAUCAUUUGAAGAGCGGACGUUUCAGUGUCUGGUUUACUACGCCAUCGGCCGGGUGUUUCUCAGAGAAAACAGGUUUAAAGUUGCCAUGCAGCAGUUUUUAGAUUCACUGCAGAUGGUGAAGAAUCAAAUAACACCGGGAAAACUCACCUGGCCUUUAACUAAAGAGAUUAUUAAGGAAACACAACCAGAUGAUUUUAAGGAGAUGCUUGAGAAUGCUAUAGAGUUGUGUAAAUUUCCUCCUGCCCCUGAUGCCAUUUGUCGUCUUGAAAAAUGCCUUUUCCCUCUAAAGCCUGAGAUCUAUUUCACAGACCCAGAUUUUAAGGGCUACAUUCAGAUAUGCUGCUGUCAAAGCUGCAGGGUUGAAUUUCACAUCAACUGCUGGAAGAGCCUGAAGACAACAAAGUUCUGUGAGAAGAAUGAAAAGGAUAUUCUUCAUGAGGCGUGUUUUACUCCUGACUGUUUAGGUAAAAUCUGCAGUAUAAAAAUCUUUGGUCCCACAGGUUUGGUAAAAUGUAAGUUUGAAACGAUGAUUGUUAAACCGGAGAUGCCAAAGAAACCAAAGAUGAACCAGAAAGCGACAAGUGUAAAGAAGUUAAAGUCAAAGGAGGAUCAGAAGCAGAAGAGGAAAGAAUCCAAACAGACGAAGGAUAAUCAGACCAUCAGCAAUGAGAUUCUGCAGAAGAAAGACGAAUCAAGAACACAGAGUCAACAAAAAGCCUGGUUGGUGUACAGAGAUCGAGUUCUCUUGCAAAUCAGUCAGAACAUGGAUCUUCUGCGGGAGGAGCAGGGCCUCCAGGUGUCCGUGCUGACUGGAAGCCUGCAGCCCUGGUUGGAGCUGGACUGGUCCAGGGGGAAUCAAAUUGCUGGCAGACUGUUGAAUUGGCAACAGGAAAAACUGGAGACUUUGGGCCAAGCGUUGGACCUCCUGCUGGAGAGAAAGAACCGGGUCUGGGCACGAGUUUUUGUAAAACUACUUAGCAGCUGUGUGGGUAUAAAUUCCAAGCUGAGCAACUGGGCACGCCAGCUUGACAAUGCAGGUCUGAACGCAGCCCAGUCUUUCAUAGACCGACACUUGGAACACCUGGAGCAGCUGGAUCUGGCUAUUCUGCUGAACUUUGACCCAUUAAUGGAAAUUAUUUUACAGAAACUUGACAUUACUGCAGAAUUUUUUCCAAGCCUUGGCUUGACUGUGACUGAGUAUCUAAAACAGGCUUCAGCUCAUGACAUGAGGCUGUUUAUCUGGACUCUGGAGGAGCAUAGAGAGGACUAUGUUUCUUGUCACACUAUAUUGGAUGAAUAUUUUGAUAUGGAUGGACAUUGUUCUGUCUUAAAAAAGUCUGAAAAUGAACAUAAUUCCCCUACGAGGGCUAAGAGUCGAGGCAGGAAAAAGAAACGGAAGAAUGUUAUCGGUUUCUGUCCACUGAGGGGAGUAGCUCAGAGAGAGGAGUGGGACCAAGACUUUUUUGAUGAUGACUCUUUAUCAUUCCUCCACCCCAAUGACCCCUUCAGUGUUCCACGUUUCCUUCAAGAGGAGGUGGAGAAUUUUGAGGAGUAUUACAGCAGAUACCUAAAUCCAUCAAAAGAAAGUUUGUAUGACUACUUUGCUCAGAUCCUGGAGGAGCACGGCCCCCUGGCGGUCGAUGACCACUUGCUUGUGGGCGGUUAUGCAAACUUCCCCUACGAUGUCAGAAAGAGGAUUGAUGACGCCGGCGGCCUGGAGUUCUUCCUGUUGGAGUCCCUCCGCUUCAUUAAGCUGGGAAGGUGCAUCGGUCUGGCCAAGCACGCCGUCUCCAUGCAGCAGGCCAGACACGGCCCCAGCCUGGACGACCUGGACGAAAUAGUUGAUUCUCACUGUGACUCUUUAUCACCUGACUUGUAUACAGCUAGUGAUUUUACAGACUUUUCAAAGGGUUAUUCCCCCAUACCCCAAGCAUCACAUUUAGUUCUCCCAAACCCGUAUUCAUAUAGCUCCUCCGUGUCCCCCUGGCCUGUCUCAGACUUUGACCCAUCCCCUCACUUUUUAACCAAUGGUUUCACAGAGCCUCAUCUGGAUGUUCUGGAUGAAAUUUAUGAAAACCCCGAAACAAAUUCAGCUUCACAGAGAAAUAUUUUGUCCCAGGAUGAAAAUUGCUCCAGUAAACAUGCUUCAGUGCAGACGUGUCCGGAAGCGUGUAGAAGUGUGGCGGUGAACACAGAGCUUUAUGAGCGUUUUGAGAAAUGCCAGGGUGAUCUCAUCAAGCAGGAGAAGAACAACAAGGCGCUGGAGGAGCAAAUAAAGAUAACUGAAAACUGUGAAAAACCUGAUCCAAGUAACAAUAGAGAAAUCAUUUUAUUGGAAAAACGAAUAAAUGACAACACUCUAAAUAUACAGGUGACCAAUAAGGAGCUGGUAAUGUUUCAACAAAAGCUGGAGGAGGAGGUGAAGAAGGACCAGAAGGAGAAGAAGGCCAACCAGGAGGAGCUGAAGUCCCUGAAGAUGGAGCUGGAGCAGCUGGUGGAGGAACAGGGCAGCCUCUCCAGGAACAUCAGAGAGAAGAGGAGCAGCUAUGAAGCCAAACUCAAUGACUUCUUGGAGCUGAGCAAUCAGUCAGCAGCUGAGAAGAUGAGUUUGGAGGAUGAGAUAAAGCGCUGCAAGGCUUUGCUAGCCUCUUCUACUAGAAGGUCCCAUAUUGCUAAGCUGUCGGUAAUUGAAAGUAGCAGGGAUCAGGGUUUAUACGGCCUCUACAGAGAGCUGGCCGACGCCAAAGCUCUGCUGAACAAACUGGACGAGGCAGCGCACAGAAACUCGAGCCAGGAGCUGGAAAUGAUGAGGGACAGCUGCAAAGCAAAGAUGGAAGAAGUGGAGAAGAACAUCUCCACUGCUCAGCAACGAUUCCAGGAGCAGCAGGAUGAGCUGAAUAAAGACAGAGCGGCCAGUCAGCCGCCUCAGGCCAAAGACAAACCUCAGGCUGUAACAUCACCACUCUCUGCAACAGCCAAAGAGUUUCACCCUCUGAUGUCAGCUCAGGCCGCCCGCAGCGCUUCUCCUCGCUCUGCAGCCGAAGCGUCGGCCACUUCUCCUUACAAGCUGCACAGACCUGUGUUUGAGAAAGCCAUGGAGAACUUGACUGCCAUUUUCCCAGACUCUUCAAGGUCUGAACUGAUGAGGUUCAUUCAGGAGUUUCGUUCGUCUAGAGGCGGGAACCUGAACAGCGUGUCGUUACAGGAGGUCGUCAGCGGAGUGACACAAAUCAUCCUCGAUCAUCAGGAAACACUGAAAUCUGUCAGAACCAACAUCAUGGGUCGAUCCAGUCCAGCCCUAACCCAGCAUACAGCGUGGCAGUCGGUCGGAGCCAAAGCAGUCAAAAACCCCAGCGCUCUCAACAUGGAGGACCCGUGCAUCAUCUGCCACGAAGACAUGAGUCAGGAGGACUCGUGCGUGCUGGAGUGCAGACACACGUUCCACGAUGAGUGCAUCAGAUCAUGGCUGAAGGAGAAGAACACCUGUCCCACCUGCAGGAACCACGCACUGAUACCUGAUGAGUUCCCCGUUCUGUCCAGCAGGAGACGCAAAGCUCCCUGAUGUCUGUCCCUCUACCCCCCACCGCCAUCAUUUCUGCUUUUAUUCUUAUUUUUAAAUUAAUUUCUUUAAACUCCAAAUUUGUUAUGUGUUUUAGUUUGUUUGAUUGCUUGUUGUUUCCUGCUUUUAAGGAUUGUUUGCUAACCUGAGGAAAUAAACAGCUUUGUGUUGG